CCACGGGCCCCCCUGUGAGUUCACUUCUCCUCUCUGAGGGCAGCAAAAGGAGAACGCAUAGCAGUCCACGUUCUCGGCCGACUCCAUCGUCUGGGAGCUGUGUCUCAGGAUGAGGGCCCCCAGGCUGAUGGGGACACUACUCACCGUGGCCAGUGUGUUACGGGCGGCUCUGUCCCUGAGGAUAGCCGCCUUCAACAUCCAGAGCUUUGGGGAGACCAAGAUGUCCAAUGCUACCAUCUCCCAGUACAUUGUUCAGAUCCUGAGUCGCUACGACAUCGCCCUGGUGCAAGAGGUCAGGGACAGCCACCUGACAGCCGUGGGCAAGCUGCUGGAUGACCUCAACCAGAAGGCACCAGACACCUUCCAUUUUGUGGUGAGCGAGCCGCUGGGGCGGAACAGCUACAAGGAGCGUUACCUCUUCCUGUACAGGCCUGACCAGGUGUCCGUGCUGGGCAGCUACUACUAUGAGGACGGCUGUGAGCCCUGCGGGAACGACACCUUCGCGCGGGAGCCGGCCAUCGUCAGCUUCUCCUCGCCCUUCGCGCAGGUCAGAGAGUUUGCCGUCAUCCCCUUGCACGCAGCCCCGCUGGACGCGGUGGCCGAGAUCGAUGCUCUCUACGACGUCUACCUGGAUGUGCGGAAGAAGUGGGGCAUGGAGGACAUCAUGCUGUUGGGUGACUUCAAUGCCGGCUGCAGCUACGUGAGUCCCUCGGACUGGGCAUCCAUCCGCCUGCGUAUGAGCCCCGCCUUCCACUGGCUGAUCCCCGACACCGCGGACACCACCGUGAAGUCCACGCACUGCCCCUACGACCGGAUCGUGGUUGCGGGAACAUCCCUCCAAGAUGCCAUUGUCCCCAACUCGGCCAUGCCCUUUGACUUCCAAGCUGCGUAUGGACUGAGCAACAAGAUGGCUGAAGCCAUCAGUGACCACUACCCUGUGGAGGUGGCGCUGAAGUGAGUGAGCCUGAUGUGGCGGCGCCCGACCUGCAACCUCCCUUCUCCAGGGGAGUGUGGAUACUGGUACAGAGAUGUCACUGCCACCC